GAGAGAGAAUGAAGGAAAGGUAGAAAAGAGCAAAAGAGCGGAUAGACUAUCUCUUUCGUGUUCGCGAGCGCACCGUACGGACAGACAGCCAUCAGCUUCCGCGGGACCGCGCGGGGAGGGAGGUCCGCGGGCACACACAGCGCACGGACUCCGUGGAGCGACAGGACGCGACGCAGCGCUCCGCAGGACGGCACAGCGACACACACACGCCACGCCGCGCCGCGCCGCGCCGCGCCGCGCAGACAACCACACGCCGCCCACCAGACAGAAAAACCCAACAGCGGGCGAAAUCGGCGACCGAGAGGGAGCGGCCGUGCAAGAGUUAGAACAGACUCCACCCUUCAGCUGCGAGCCAGCGAACUGAGAGACGGCAGAGACCAUAAAAAUGAGUGGUUCCCACCCCCGCCUCCACCAGAGCGCCGCGCCCGCUCCCAACGCUCUCUCCCCGGACAAGGACGCAGACAUGCCCGCCACGGAGAAGGACCUGGCCGAGGACGCGCCGUGGAAGAAGAUCCAGCAGAACACCUUCACGCGCUGGUGCAACGAGCACUUGAAAUGCGUCAACAAGCGGAUCGCCAACCUGCAGACGGACCUCGGCGACGGACUGCGGCUCAUCGGCCUGCUGGAGGUCUUGUCUCAGAAGAAGAUGUUCAGAAAGUACAACCAGAGGCCCACCUUCCGCCAGAUGCAGCUGGAGAACGUGUCGGUGGCUCUGGAGUUCCUGGACAAGGAGAACAUCAAGCUGGUGUCCAUAGACUCCAAAGCCAUUGUGGAUGGGAACCUGAAACUAAUCCUGGGCCUGAUCUGGACGCUGAUUCUUCACUACUCCAUCUCCAUGCCCAUGUGGGAUGAGGAGGAGGAGGGAGAUGAUGGCAAGCAGAAGACGCCCAAGCAGAGGCUCCUGGGCUGGAUCCAGAACAAGCUGCCCGAGCUGCCCAUCACCAACUUCAGCAAAGACUGGCAGAGUGGCCGCGCCCUGGGAGCCCUGGUUGACAGCUGUGCUCCAGGUCUGUGUCCUGACUGGGACCAGUGGGACCAGAGCAAACCUGUGGACAAUGCCCGCGAGGCCAUGCAGCAAGCAGACGACUGGCUCGGCAUCCCACAGGUGAUCACCCCAGAAGAGAUUGUUGACCCCAAUGUGGACGAACACUCUGUCAUGACCUACCUGUCCCAGUUCCCCAAGGCCAAACUGAAGCCUGGUGCUCCCCUGAGACCAAAACUCAACCCCAAGAAAGCCCGUGCCUAUGGGCCAGGCAUUGAGCCUGUUGGAAAUGUGGUGAUGAAGAAGGCCGUUUUCACGGUGGAGACCAUCAGUGCUGGGAUGGGAGAAGUGCUAGUCUAUGUGGAGGACCCUGCCGGACACAGAGAGGAGGCCAAAGUGACAGCCAACAACGACAAGAACCGCACCUACUCUGUGUUCUACAUCCCCAAAGUCACUGGCAUGCACAAGGUGACGGUGUUGUUCGCAGGACAGCACAUCUCCAAGAGUCCUUUCGAGGUGGAGGUUGGCAUGGCCCAGGGAGACUCCAGCAAGGCCACAGCCCAGGGUCCUGGCCUGGAGCCCUCAGGAAACAUCGCAAACAAGACCACCUACUUUGACGUUUACACAGCAGGCGCGGGUGUUGGGGAGGUGGAGGUGGUGAUCAUGGACCCGGCCGGUAAGAAGAACACCGUGGAGCGUACGAUCGAGGACAAGGGCAACAGCAGCCACCGCUGUGCCUACAAACCCACGCUGGAGGGCCAGCACACCAUCUACGUCACCUUCGCCGGGGGGCAGAUCAGCAAGAGCCCCUUCACAGUCAACGUGGGCGAGGCUUGUAACCCCAGCUUGUGCAGGGCAAAGGGCCGUGGGCUGCAGCCCAAAGGCCUGAGGGUGAAGGAGACUGCAGACUUCAAGGUGUACACCAAAGGAGCCGGCACAGGAGAACUCAAAGUCACCAUCAAAGGCCCCAAGGGUCUGGAGGAGCCCUGUAAGAGGAAGGAUCUGGGAGAUGGAGUGUAUGGCUUUGAGUAUUACCCCACCACUCCUGGAACCUACAGCAUCACCAUCACCUGGGGAGGGCAGCACAUCCCCCGCAGUCCCAUCGAGGUGAAGAUUGGAGCUGAAGCGGGCCAGCAGAAGGUGCGAGCCUGGGGGCCCGGGUUGGAGGGAGGAGUGGUUGGAAAGUCUGCCGACUUUGUGGUGGAGGCUGUUGGAGACAAUGUUGGCACACUGGGUUUCUCUGUGGAAGGUCCAUCCCAGGCUAAGAUUGAGUGUGAUGACAAGGGCGACGGCUCCUGCGACGUGCGCUACUGGCCAACGGAGCCUGGCGAGUACGCCGUGCAUGUGCUCUGCAACGGUGAAGACAUCCAGCACUCUCCAUUCAUGGCUGAGAUUGUCAACCCACCAAGCAAAGACUUCUACCCCGACAAGGUGAAGGCCUACGGUCCAGGCCUGCAGAGCAGCGGCCUGGCUGUUGGAAAGCCAACCGAAUUCACGGUCGAUGCCAAGCAGGGUGGCAAAGCCCCCCUGAAAAUUGUGGCUCAGGAUGGGGAAGGUUCUCCUGUAGAUGUCCAGGUGAAGGACAACGGCAAUGGGACCUACACAUGCACCUACACCCCACGCAAACCCCUCAAACACACCGUCAUGGUCUCCUGGGGAGGGGUCAACAUCCCUGACAGCCCUUUCAGGAUGAACAUUGGAGCAGGCUGUCACCCAAACAAGGUGAAGGUGUCGGGGCCUGGCGUGGCGAAGACGGACCUGAAGGCCUUCGAACCAACAUACUUUACAGUUGACUGUGCAGAAGCUGGGCAAGGUGACAUCAGUAUAGGAAUCAAGUGUGCCCCGGGCGUGGUGGGACCAGCUGAGGCCGACAUCGACUUCGACAUCAUAAGAAACGACAACGACACUUUCACUGUCAAAUACACUCCUCCUGGUGCAGGCAGCUACACCAUCAUGGUCCUGUUUGCAGACCAGGCCAUUCCAAUGACUCCCAUCAGGAUCAAGGUGGAUCCCUCACAUGAUGCCAGCAAAGUGAAGGCAGAAGGACCAGGACUCAGCCGCAGUGGUGUUGAGCUGAACAAACCAACUCAUUUCACGGUGAACACCAAGGGAGCAGGCAAGGCUAAGCUGGACUGCAACUUCAGCGGCCCGACCAAAGCAGAGGCCAUCAAGGACUUUGAAAUCGUCAACAACCACGACAACACACACACUGUCAAGUACACGCCUGUGCAGCCGGGUCCUUUGGGAUUGGCUGUGACCUACGGAGGAGACCACAUUCCCAAGAGCCCCUUCAACGUUGCUGUCGCUCCCACAAUGGACCUCAGCAAGGUUAACGUCACUGGCCUUGGAGACAAGAUGACUGUAGGCAAGGACCAGGAAGUCACUGUGAAGACGAAGGGUGCUGGUGGUCAGGGCAAGGUCGCUGCCAAGGUGACCGGUCCGUCAGGGAAGCCGGUGACCAGCAAAGUGGAGCCCGGGCUGAGCCCCGAGACCAGUCAGCUGAAAUUCAUCCCCAGGGAGGCGGGGCCAUACCAGGUCGAGCUGACCUAUGAUGGCGCUCCAAUACCUGGAUCCCCCUUCACCCCCACAGCCUACCCUGCCACAGACCCCUCCAAGGUGCGUUGCUCAGGCCCGGGCUUGGAGCGUGCCAAAGUUGGGGAAACGGGGGAGUUUGUUGUGGACUGUACCAACGCUGGGCCUGCUGAGCUGACCAUUGAGAUCAUCUCGGACAGCGGGACUGAAGCUGAGGUCCACAUCCAAGACAACGGAGAUGGAACCUACACCAUCACCUACAUCCCUCUCUACCCCGGCUCCUACACCCUCACCAUCCGCUAUGGUGGCCAGGAUGUGCCAAACUUCCCCGCACGUCUCAACGUGGAGCCUGCCGUGGAUGCCAGUGGCGUCCGUGUGUUCGGGCCUGGUGUGGAGGGCAAAGGUGUCUUUCGUGAGGCCACCACCGACUUCACUGUGGAUGCUCGGGCUCUCACCCAGCUGGGAGGUGACCACAUUAAGACCCUGAUUAGCAACCCCUCCGGCAGCUGCACGGACGCCCUGAUUACCGACCUCGGAGAUGGAACCUACAAUGUGGAGUACACGCCCUACGAGGAAGGACCCCACAAUGUCGAGGUAGCCUAUGACGGUACCCCAGUACCCAAGAGUCCCUUCUGUGUAGCAGUGACCGAGGGCUGUGACCCCGCACGUGUGCGCGUGCACGGUCCCGGGCUCAAAGGCGGCAUCACCAACAAGCCCAACAAGUUCACCGUGGAAACCCGGGGAGCAGGUACUGGUGGUCUGGGUCUGGCAGUUGAGGGUCCAUCAGAGGCCAAGAUGUCCUGCACUGAUAACAAGGAUGGUAGCUGCAGCGUGGAGUACAUUCCCUACGAGCCUGGCACCUACAACCUCAACAUCACCUACGGAGGACAACCCAUCACAGGAAGUCCGUUCUCUGUGCCAGUCAGUGACACGGUGGACAGCACCAAGGUGAAGUGCCAGGGCCCGGGCCUGGGCAACAACGUCAGAGCCAACAUUAGUCAGGCAUUCACAGUUGAUGCCUCCAAAGCUGGAGUGGCUCCAAUGCAGGUGCGCGUGCAGGGCCCCAAAGGGGUGGUGGAACCUGUGGAAGUGGUGGAUAAUGGAGACCAAACUCACACCGUGAACUAUGUCCCCACCAGAGAGGGACCCUACUCCAUCAACGUAUUGUAUGCUGAUGAAGAGAUUCCACGCAGUCCCUACAAGGUGAAGGUGCUGCCCACCCAUGACGCCAGCAAGGUACGUGCCAGCGGACCGGGUCUCAACACCACUGGGGUGCCUGCUUCUCUGCCAGUUGAGUUCACCAUCGACGCCAAAGACGCCGGGGAGGGACUGCUCGCCGUGCAGAUCACUGACCCAGAGGGGAAGCCUAAGAAGGCUAAUAUCCGUGACAACCACGACGGGACCUACCUGGUGUCUUACGUGCCAGACAUGACUGGCAGAUACACCAUCCUCAUUAAGUACGGCGGGGAUGAGAUCCCAUAUUCCCCCUACCGCAUCAGGGCGCUGCCCACAGGAGACGCCAGCAAGUGCACCGUCACAGUCUCAAUCGGCGGUCACGGCCUGGGUGCGGGUGUGGGCCCCACCAUCCAGAUCGGCGAGCAGACCGUGAUCACAGUGGACGCCAAGGCUGCUGGUAAAGGCAAGGUUACCUGCAGUGUGUGCACGCCCGAGGGGGCGGAGCUCGAUGUGGACGUUGUGGAGAAUGAGGACGGGACGUUCGACAUCUUCUACACGGCACCGCAGCCCGGCGAGUAUGUCAUCUGCGUCCGCUUCGGAGGGGAGCACAUCCCCAACAGCCCCUUCCAGGUUACGGCGCUGGAAGGAGCUCCUUCAGACCAGCUAAUGCAGCAGAGCCAAAUGCCCCAGUACUACGCUCAACAACCCUGGGCCACAGACAGGCCAAUGGGGAUGAACGGUCUCGAUGUGACAGGGUUGAGACCAUUUGACUUGGUCAUCCCCUUCACAAUCCAAAAGGGAGAGAUCACAGGUGAAGUCCGCAUGCCGUCAGGCAAGGUGGCCAAGCCGGACAUUACUGACAACAAGGAUGGCACCGUCACUGUCAAGUAUGCCCCCACUGAGGCUGGUCUGCAUGAGAUGGACAUCAAAUAUGAUGGCAUCCAUAUCCCCGGCAGCCCGCUGCAGUUCUAUGUGGACUACAUGAACAGUGGUAACGUCAGCGCUUAUGGGCCGGGCCUCAUCCAUGGCACUGUCAACAAACCUGCUGUCUUCACAGUCAACACCAAAGAUGCUGGAGAGGGUGGUCUUUCACUGGCCAUUGAGGGCCCGUCCAAAGCAGACAUCAGCUGUAUGGACAACCAGGACGGAACCUGUACUGUGUCCUACCUGCCAGUCCUGCCUGGAGACUACAGCAUCCUGGUCAAAUACAAUGACAAGCACAUCCCCGGCAGCCCCUUCUCUGCUAGAAUUACUGGUGAUGACUCUAUGAGGAUGUCUCAUCUGAAAGUCGGCUCGGCUGCUGAUAUUCCACUGGACAUCGGUGAGCUGGACCUCAGUCAGCUGACUGCCUCCCUGACCACGCCCUCAGGCCGCGAGGAGCCUUGUCUGCUCAAGAUGCUCCGUAACGGACAUGUCGGCAUCUCGUUCGUCCCCAAGGAGAUUGGAGAACACCUGGUGAACAUCAAGAAAAACGGCCGCCAUAUUCCCAGCAGCCCUAUUUCCGUAAUGAUCAACCAAUCAGAAAUAGGAGACGCCAGCCGGGUUUGCGUGAGUGGCCCAGGCCUUAGUGAGGCCAGGACUUUUGAGCCAGCUGAGUUCAUCAUUGACACGCGUGAUGCAGGCUAUGGUGGUUUGAGUCUGUCCAUUGAGGGUCCAAGUAAGGUGGAUAUCAACACUGAAGACCAGGAGGACGGCACCUGCAAGGUCACCUACUGCCCUACCGAACCGGGAAAUUACAUCAUCAACAUCAAGUUUGCUGACCAGCAUGUGCCAGGGAGUGCAUUCACUGUGAAGGUGACUGGCGAGGGCAGGAUGAAGGAGAGCAUCACCAGGAAGAGGAGAGCGGCGUCGGUCGCCAAUGUUGGCAGCCAGUGUGACCUCAGCCUAAAGAUCCCAGAGAUCAGCAUAGCAGACAUGACCGCCCAGGUGACCAGCCCGUCUGGCCAGAUCCACAAAGCGGACAUCAUGGAGGGAGAGAACAACACCUACUGCAUCCGCUUUGUGCCCACUGAAACGGGUGUGCACACGGUGUGUGUGAAGUACAGCGGCAUGCACGUGCCCGGCAGCCCCUUCCAGUUUACUGUCGGUCCGCUUGGAGAAGGAGGGGCGCAUAAGGUUCGUGCAGGAGGGCCAGGCCUGGAGAGAGCCGAGGCUGGAGUACCAGCUGAGUUCAGUAUCUGGACGAGGGAGGCUGGGGCUGGGGGCCUCAGUAUUGCGGUGGAGGGACCCAGCAAGGCAGAAAUCGCCUUCGAAGACCGUAAGGAUGGAUCCAGCGGCGUGUCCUACAUUGUACAGGAGCCUGGAGACUACGAGGUGUCGAUUCGUUUCAACGAUGAGCACAUCCCCGACAGUCCGUUUGUGGUCCCUGUGGCCUCGCCGUCGGAUGACGCUCGUCGCCUCACUGUUGCCAGUCUUCAGGAGUCGGGCUUGAAGGUGAACCAGCCAGCAUCGUUUGCCGUCAGCCUGAAUGGGGCGAAGGGUGUGAUCGAUGCCAAGGUCCACAGUCCCUCCGGAGCCCUGGAGGAAUGCUGCGUCACCGAGAUUGACCAAGAUAAGUAUGCCGUACGCUUCAUUCCCAGAGAGAACGGUCUCUAUCUGAUUGAUGUGAAGUUCAAUGGUAGUCACAUCCCUGGUAGUCCAUUCAAGAUCCGUGUAGGAGAGACGGGCCAGGCUGGGGACCCAGGGAUGGUCUCAGCCUACGGACCAGGCUUGGAAGGAGGCACCACAGGCACCGCAUGUGAAUUUGUAGUGAACACCAAUAAUGCGGGCCCCGGGGCUCUGGCUGUGACCAUCGACGGGCCCUCUAAGGUGAAGAUGGACUGUGUGGAGUGCACGGAGGGCUACAGAGUCAUCUACACCCCCAUGGCCCCUGGAAAUUAUCUCAUCUCCAUCAAAUACGGUGGCCCUUACCACAUCGUGGGAAGCCCCUUCAAGGCCAAGAUCACUGGUUCCAAGUUGGUGUCCAGCCACAGUAUGCAUGAAACCUCUUCUGUGAUGGUUGACCCUGUGACCCGCGCCAUCAGCUGUACUCAGCAAGGCGUGCCCACUCAGUCGGACGCCAGCAAGGUCAUGGCUAAGGGCCUUGGCCUGACCAAGGGUUUCAUUGGACAGAAGAACAGCUUUAGCGUUGACUGCAGCAAAGCAGGACGCAACAUGCUCCUAGUCGGUGUGGAUGGUCCCAAGGUCCCCUGCGAAGAGAUCCUAGUGAAACACUUGGGCAACCGUCUGUACAACGUCAGCUACCAGCUCAAAGAGAAGGGAGAGUACAUCCUGGUGGUCAAGUGGGGAGAUGAACACAUCCCUGGCAGCCCCUACCAUAUCACUGUCUAACCCCUGAUGCAGUUAUUAAGAAGAAUAACUUAUCAUACCACUUUUAAUCAACUGAAUUUCUGUUUUGGACCUUAGCUAAUCAUCGCCCAUGACAAUGUUUACAAAUUACCAAUAAGUAUUGGUUUUCUUAUCGUCAUUUGACCAUCCAGACACCGAGCUCCUAACUCCAUGUUACCCUGACCUUAUACAGGUGUCAUUGUUCCUAGUCUUUGAAACCAAUCCCUUUUAAACCCAAUAUACCAUGUCCCAAGCAAUGCAUUGACACUGAAUAUCCCUCCCCUCAUCAAAUUCACUCUAUUGCUCUCUCUGUCCCUCUUUUCAACCAUCCCUUAAUUGUAUCCCCACAUAGGUUUGUAGAGGGGAAUGAUGCACCUUUAUUACUGUAAACUAGCAGUCAGUUUGUGCCUUAGACUCUCAUGUUGUCAAUUCUACUUGUUUAGUGGCCAACCCGCUGUUCAGUCCAGACUCGUGAGUGUAGAAGAGUUGGAUAGCUUAGCGUAGCAUCCUAGAUAUUAGUCUCUCCUAACAGGGAGUGGAGGUUUAUUCUUGCACUCGAAGAAUGAUCCAAGUAUUAAUAGACGUGUUUAUAAGUGCUUUUAUGUACUCAGUCACCAGCCCCAGAAGCAAAGGCAUCAUAGGACUGUCAUCAGAGAGGUGUAGUGAUGUGUCCAGGACUCGGAUACACCCACCGAGACUCAGAUACCCCCCCCGAGCUACCAUUUUAAUAGUGACACCAUGAGUGAAAGCACCCUUAUACAUUCUUCAUACACAUUUUGACACGCGUUGAUAUAAAUUCAUUUUCCAUCAAGUCUGAAGACGUGUUUGUUCUUCAGACGGGUAGUGUCAACCAGUUUUCAGUGCUGGUCCAGUUUAGUACGGCGUUUGUCCAUAUUGCUCUUUAACUGUCUGCUGCUAGUAUGAUCCAGUUUUAGGCACUGCUGUUCUUAAAACAACCAUUGUUGAUUAGUAUGGGGAAAUGCAGAGAAUUACAGGUGUAGUAACAUGAAUAAAGAGCAUAGCGUUAAGUUAGUACAGUUGCAGCCUAGGUUAGUGAUGAAAACGCACUCAGUGGUUUAUGGUCACUCAUGGUGUGUCUCACAUGUGCUCUCAGCGAUGCUGCCGCAAAAGAAUUCUUAGACGUUCUGUGCUUUGUGUGUGAUCCAAACAUGUGCUGCGCAUGUUGCAUUACUGCCGAGGUCAUGAAACCCUUUCUGUAGACGAUGAGAGAUUCUGAUUGAAUAAAAUGAAUCGCGACAAGAUAUGUGGAGUUGAGGUGGUCCACGAAAAUCCAGAAUCUGUACAUUCAAAGUAACUGGUAAAAAGGGAAGUUUUUAGAAUUGUGCAUGACCGGAGGGAUGAAGAGGAUGCUUGAGUGAAUUGUCAUGUUAUUAAAUGGAAUGACCAAAAAAUAAAUUGGAAAAAAUGUUACUUUUGUUUUUCUGCUUCAUGUUUGUAAUUACCCCUUAUUCCUCCACCACUCCAUCCAUUCCAUUAGAUAACUGGCUUUGUGUGAACGCAGUAUUUCUGAACAAAAACUCGUCUUAAUGAAAAGGGCUGAUAAAAUGUUUGUAAGACUUAAGGUAUUUUGAUACACAAUAAAGUUAUCUAAGUAUUUUUCUGUCAAGCUAA